UGAUCAGCUGCGUGAACGUUCAGCAUGACCCUGACGUUGUCGACUGUCCUUCUCUCUCUUCUCGUAGCAACUGCCGUUCAGGCUCAACAUAUGAAACGAGAACACUCUCUUAGGAAACCCUACUUAGCGUCCGGCAUGCAGAUUCCCAACUGGGAUUUUAGCGGCGCGACGAUUGUGACGGGAACGUACGUGCGUUUGACGCCCGACAGGCAGAGCAAACAAGGCGUGUUGUGGAAUACUGUGCGAGCAAACAUGCACAACUGGGAAGUCCAAAUUCAGUUCAAAGUCCACGGUUCGGGAAAGACUCUCUUCGGCGAUGGUUUUGCAUUCUGGUAUACGAAAGACAGAAACGAACUCGGUCCCGUGUUUGGUAGUAAAGACUAUUUUGCCGGACUUGGAGUGUUCUUUGACACGUAUAGCAAUCAUAAUGGAGAGCACUCGCAUCCUCAUCCGUACGUUUCUGCUGUUGUGUUCAAUGGCAGUCAGAACUACGAUCACGACCGAGACGGAACUCACAGCGAACUGGCCGGCUGCCAUGCUCAAUUUAGGAACUUGGAUACAGACACACACGCGUCUAUUAUUUAUGCUGAUCGAACCCUUGUAGUCCAACUUGACGUCGACGGCAACUUCGAAUGGCAAGAGUGCUUCACAGUCCCAGACGUUGAUCUUCCCGCAGGAUACUUUUACGGCUUCUCAGCAGCUACUGGAGAACUCGCCGACAAUCACGACAUCCUUUCGGUUAAAGUGUACGAACUGGAGGAAUCAGAAAACGCGAAAGAUGGAGACGCUGAAGGAGACGAUCCGAACGCGUGGGCAACAGCCCAGCCUGCUGCGAAGAAAUCGGCAGCUCCGAGAGCUCACAUACACGAUUCCAAGAAAGACUCGUCCAACAGGAUUGUGAUAGGAAUUGUCGUUGUGUUGGUGGUCGUUGUUCUCGCCGUAGUAGGUUACUUCGCGUACGAGAGCUAUCGGCAGUCGAAUAGUAAAAGACUGUUUUAGAGUGGUAUGGUAUGGUAAUUGUGAUGGCAGUGUGUAGCUCAAUGAAUUAAGGUUACAGCAGAAGUGAUGAUGAUGACGACAGUAGUGCAGGACACAUGUGCAAAAUGAUUGAUAUUAAUAAUUCUAUUCUUUUUCUGUGCGAUUGC